CUCUCAGCAGCCGGGAUGGAACCUUUCUUAAGGAAACAUUUGACCUUCCUAUCAUUCUUUUGGAACAAGCUUUGGCCCACGAGUAUCCCUGAUGACUGCAUCCCCAGAUAUCCAGGCCCUGAUCCUGUCACAAUGGACCUUGAUCCUGACCCUGACCCAGAACCCCUCUCUCCAAAAUCGAGCAGCCCUCCUCCUGCAGUCCUUUUCAUGGUUCUGUAUGACUUCACAGCCAGGUGUGCAGAUGAGCUGAGUGUGAGCCGAGGAGACAAGCUCUUUGUGAUCAAAGAAGAGGGUGACUACAUCUUUGCCAGGAGGCUCUCUGGUCGGCCAAGCACUGGGCUGGUACCCAUUAAUUAUGUGGCCAAAGCCACCCAGGAGACCUUCUCUGAUCAACCGUGGUACUUUGAUGGGAUUAGCAGGAGUGAGGCCCAACAGCUUCUACUCUCCUCCUCCAAUCAGCAUGGAGCCUUUCUGGUUCGACCCAGUGAGAGUAGUCGUGGAGACUACUCUCUGUCAGUUCGCACACAAGCCAAGGUCUGCCACUACCGAAUUGCCAAGUCCCCAGAGGGUGGCCUGUACAUUCAGAAAGGUCAGGUUUUCCCCAGCCUGGAGGAGCUCCUCACCUACUACAAAACCAACUGGAAGAUUAUCCAGACACCCCUGCUGCAGCCCUGUGUGCAAGAGCGGCCACUGGAGAGGGAUGAAUGGGAACGGCCUCGGUCUGAGUUUGCCCUUCGAAGAAAGCUGGGAGAAGGCUAUUUUGGAGAGGUGUGGGAAGGCUUGUGGCUGAAUAAGAUUCCAGUGGCCAUAAAGAUCAUAAAGUCUGCUGACAUGAAGCUUGAUGACUUCACCAAGGAGAUUCAGAACUUAAAGAAUCUAAAACACGAGAAGCUGAUCAGGUUGCAUGCGGUCUGCUCCAUCGGGGAGCCUGUCUACAUUGUGACAGAGCUCAUGAGAAAAGGGAACCUCCAGAGCUUCCUCAGCAGUCCAGAAGGAAGGGCCCUCAGCAUCAUCCACCUCGUGAGUAUUGCCUGCCAGGUGGCUGAGGGGAUGACCUACCUGGAGGAGAGGCACAUUGUGCACCGGGAUCUAGCUGCUCGAAACAUCCUGGUGGGAGAUGACCUCACCUGCAAGAUCGCAGACUUUGGCUUGGCCAGACUGCUGAAGGAUGAUAUUUAUUCCACAAAAAGCAGCACCAAAAUCCCUGUAAAGUGGACAGCACCAGAAGCAGCCAAUUAUAGAAUUUACUCACAGAAGUCAGAUGUUUGGUCCUAUGGGAUCCUGCUUUAUGAGGUCUUCACAUAUGGACAGUGUCCCUAUGAAGGAAUGACCAAUCAGGAGACCAUUCAGCAGAUCUCCCGUGGUUACCGGCUGCCUCGACCACCCACUUGUUCCCCUGAGGUCUAUGUGCUCAUGUUGGAGUGCUGGAAGGGCAAUGCUGAGGAGAGGCCUGCCUUUGCUGUGCUCAGGGAGAAGCUUAGCUCCAUCUACAGACGUCUCCAUCAUUCCUUCACAUGACCUAUGCCCCGUUGUCUUCCCCUACAUUCUCUCCCCAUUUUCCUUCCCCAAACCAAAAGCUGUACAUAUCCCCAACCCAACCUCUGGCUUUGGGAACAGAAUU